UGCAUAAUAAUUCUCUCUAGCGCAUGAAAAUUCCGUCUUUUUACAGUACUUUACAAAUGAAAUUGAUCUUCAAAUAACCACCUUUUACGUUUUAUUUGGGCCUCCACUAAAUAUCAGUAAAUAUCUGAUGGUUCAUUCAAAGUAUCCUGUUGAUGGUUUCCUGCAUAUACGUUUUUUAAAUGGAGCGGGUUACUAUUACUGAUACCUCUUAGGAACUUCUGAAACCGGUUAUACAUGACUACUACUCAGUCUAAUAAUAUCCAACAUAACAAUGGCUUGAUGACGAUGAAAAAUGGAGCGCCGGCCAUCUCUCAUCCUUCUGUUGAUACGAAGAGAGCCUUCACUUGCCUCGCAGACCUCAGCCCCUGGUCAUCUGAGUCACCCCUGCCACGGGAGAUCACAAAUGUGCCCAGUGAGUUGCUGGAGAAGUACCCCCACACGAAGAGGGUGGGCAACUAUUUGCUCGGCAAGACGCUAGGGGAGGGGUCAUUUGCAAAAGUGAGAGAAGGACUGCAUACUGUCACGGGCGAAAAGGUGGCCAUCAAAGUGAUUGACAAGCGACGCGCCAAAGAGGACUCGUAUGUGCAUCGGAACCUCCGACGAGAGGGCAGGAUCCUGCAGUUAGUGAGACACCCCUGCAUCAUUCACUUGUACGACAUCCUGGAGACAGAGAACAGCUACUACCUGGUGAUGGAGUUGAGCACUGGGGGAGACAUGAUGGAGUAUUUGAAGUUGAGAAAGAGUCUGCCUGAGAAGGAGACGAGGAAGUAUAUCAGACAGAUAGUGUCUGCUGUGGAUCAUCUGCACCGAGCCGGUAUACUCCACAGGGAUCUGAAGGUGGAAAAUGUGUUGCUGGAUGAAAAGAAAAAUAUCAAAUUGAUAGAUUUCGGUUUGAGCAGACACUUCAAACUGGACGAGAAUAAUGUGCUAGGCGAUUUUCAGCAGGCAACUCAGUGUGGAUCCCCCGCCUAUGCGGCUCCGGAACUACUGGGCAAGAACAAGUAUGGGCCCAAAGUAGACAUAUGGAGCAUAGGCGUCAACAUGUAUGCGAUGUUGACUGGCAGUCUGCCUUUCACAGCAGAGCCUUUCUCCAUCAAAGUUCUCUAUCAGAAGAUGAUGAACUUCGACAUUAACCCCAUCCCUGAUCAUAUUACCACAGGCUGUGUUGACCUGUUGAAGAAGCUGUUGAACCCUGACCCCAACCAACGCAUCUCGAUGGAGAAAGUUAUGCAGAAUGAGUGGAUCAACGAGGGGUACAAACAAAAACUGUGCCCCGCCCCUUUCCCAAACAAAAUCAAAGCUGAGUCGCUGAACAAGGCCAUUUUGGAGUACAUGGACGACAAGCUUCAGAUGGGAACCUCUCAGACAGUGAAAGUACUGUUGCAGAACCAGAGUUGCAGCAUGUUUGCAGUGUACCAUUUACUAGUGAAGAGGCUGCACCAGUACAUGAACAGGACGGGACAUGUGCCUAACUCCAAUCUCAUGAUGCAGACGCCAGUAUCAGCAGGUGUGCCAGGAGGGGCCAAAGGAAUCACAGGUACAGGAGCAGGUAAUAAUAACGCACAAAUCAGAAGGAUUGAACCACCCAACGCUGAGAUGCGUUUCGCCAGCAACGCUACAGGAACGGAUCCGACCAAUGCUCAGAACAAUACUGACAAAACCGAAAACAACAAUCUUCUCAAACAGUCAAUUGACACGAACAGCCAGGGACCUGUUAAGGAGAGACAGACUGAACAGAAGAUUGUGCAGUUCAACAAGGUUGCUCUGGGACUGGGCAUGCGCGCACACACUUCUCCAGAGAAAUCUCCUCCUGCGAGUCCAGUCAAGUACCCGGGCAUGCACACAGACAGACGGGCGAUGGAGAGGCAGAACAAACAGGGUGGGGGAGUAGGGCCUCCAGGGAGCAUCUACUUGCACAGUCCCCAGUCGGCACAGCAGGACCAUGACUCCAUUUUGAGACAGAGACAGUUGAACUCUGCUGAUGUCACUGGAGACCAGCAGCAGAGAGGGGGGACAUCUCAGAGGAACAGAUGCAAGACCUCCACGUACAACAAGCCUGCCGGGACAGCAGUGUUGCUGGAGCGAAACAGACCAGUGACGGGGAGAGGGAGAUUGAUGGACAACAAGACAGCAGGGCAAAUUAAUAACAUCGGAGUGGGAGGAGGAACGGUUGCAGUUAGACGGCCAGUCAGUCUAAACAGGGCUUCUCUGGGUACAGGCGCUAGCACUCUCAAUCGCAGCAGCAACGGGUUCACUGGUGACGUCAGAGGCCGAGGUGCGGCCAUAAACAACAAUAACAACAACAAUAUCAAUAAUAACGACAACAGCAAUAACAAUGGAGCGGGAGCUCCUGCUUUCGACCAGACGUUUAAACCAGUUGGCAUAUUGAAACGAGUGACUCAACCGAGACUGUUUCGAGCUCAGACUAAAGAAUUCGCGUUGAACACGAAUGGAAGCAACGCCAAUUCGAACACUGAGAAAACAACCAAAUUACAAAGUGUGGUGGUUAACCGUUCCUUGGACACCUCUGAUUCCGCAACAUCAGGCGGGACACUCAAACGGAACCACAUAGGUGGCAAAAAUGGAGGGCCCGCUCCCCAGUUCAGCCGGGCAAACACUGCUGGUCCAGGCAGCAACAUGUACACCAAGUGGAACUCAAGCCCAACCAGCGCACAAAAUGGAAACCAAAGCGGAAAAUCAGCGAGUGGAAACUCCAACUCAAACUCUGCGACAUCCAAUGAUAACUCUUCCACUUUGCCUUCGAUUACAAACAACGGAAAAACUGCAGCCAACACUCCCGUGCGUCCCAUCCAAAUCAGCGUUUCAAAUGACAGGCCAAAAACCAGCAGCGUGUAAAGAUUGCAUAGACCACAACCGACUAAAUUGGAAAUAAAAUCUAUACCAAUUAAAUUAAUGAUCAA